AUGGCAAAGACAAUCGUCGCAACUGGCAUCUCAUCCGGCUUGGGCUUUGAAACAGUCAAGCAGUUGCUUGAGCAAGCCGAGCCGUACAACUUCAUCCUGGGCGCGCGAGACACGGCCAAGGUUCAGGCUGCUUACGAUAGCCUCAACUAUGAUACCUCUAAGCAUUCUAUUACCAUUUACCCACUGGAUCUCCUAUCCCUGAAGAGCGUGCAGUCUUUCGCAGCGAAUGUUCUUUCCAAGCUGGGUUCCGAGCAGCUGGCUUAUCUUUUCCUCUGUGCCGGCACCCUGGACAAGGCAGAAGGUCCCGGUCCGAAUGGAUCAAAAUGGUGCCAGGGAUAUGUGGUUAACCAUCUGGCCCAGCAUUAUCUGGUCCACUUGCUCCGUGAUGUGCUGUCUGCCUCGCAGUCACGGGUUAUUUUCGUUUCUUCCGGCGCGAUCCGCGGUGUCAGGGACCAGGAUCCAGGUGAGUAUCCCACACGCAUCCUUGCAACCCUUGAUGUGGACUUGAAAGCCAACUCUGGUGCAGGCUACCGCGUAGUGUACAGUGCCUCGAAAUUUGCUCAGCUGUUGGGUGCGUUUUACUGGCGCCGCGAACUGCCCUCUUGCAAGGUCGUUGCUGUUUCUCCGGGUCUUAUUCCCAGCACCAACCUCGCUACGCAAAUGGGCUUGACUAUGAACAUGACUGAUGCCAAGCCUAUCCCGGAAGGAGCCCAGAACCUCCUCCGCGCCUUUUUCGUGAACGACUUCCCAUCGGAUCCGGAACAGAUCUUCUUGACUAGCUGGGGAGAGUGGUGGCCUAAGGAUGUGUAUGCCCUGGCUCUUGAUGCCGACCUGCAGAAGAAGUGGUGCUUGAGCAGGGAGGAGAUUGAGAAGACUGAAAGCAUUGCUUGA